UCACUGUGCAUCAGAUCCUCUGUAAAGUUUGUACAUGUAUGCAUUAUUAAUGCCUGCUAUUUAUGUUAAAGGGAUUAGCGGUGCAGAGGUGAUCUUUAACCAAACAGUUACAGCAUUCCUUUAAGCAAGCAAGCUUGAAUAUGCACUAUCAGUGCCCAUCAGUCUGGUUGGAUCAAAAUUUGAUCAUUCACAAUCACAUCUUGUCAGUCUGAUUGCUAUCCUGGGCCUGUACUCCUAUGUCAGCACUCUAAGCUGCAGUCAAGAUGUUUGGGAAAUAUUAUUAUUUAGCAUUACUGAAGAGGUCUAAUGCAUAGAAAGCUAAUUAUAGAUGUGAUGGAGAUUGGGGCUAGUAUAGUAUUCUAUAGUUGUGAUGAAUGGAUUUUUAAACUUAUUUGAAGCUUAAAAAAACAUUAAAAGAAAAAACAGUAACAUACCUUGGAUUCCUUCUUCAUCAUGUGUGCCAUAUAUCUGUGAGGCACAGCAUUCCAAUGGUCAGUGCCUUAUCUAUACCUACACAACAAGUAUGCGAGUAUCAUGUUCAAUUUUGUCCCUGUUCCUAUAAAGUAAAAGUAGAUGUGAGAUAUGGAAUUCCUGAAAAACCACUAUAGUGCCCAAGCCAGCUCACCGCCCACCAUUAAACUUACAGUGAACUCGAAGAGCAACUCGAAAACCAGGUUUCAAGGAGCUCCGUGCCUCGUUUCAAGACUUUGAAAUCAAGCCAAGUAUUGCCUAACCCCAUUGACUGGAAAAGGGAGCUGGUAUAGUUAGUCACUUCCGUGCAAGACGCGUAGGAUGCCGUGGGACUGGAUGUGAGAGGGCGAAACGUAGCUCUGGCUCAGCGGUCUUGAUUCAUACAGGUGUGUACGGGACUAUCGAGGAACCGCAGGUACAGGAGUAAGCACGCCGCUGGUGGCGGUGUGAUCAGCCAGGGCAGCGGUUCCCGUUGUCAGCUGCAUCACAUAGCCCGAAAGGAGAAGACCGAGUUACUUACCCGUGGGAUGAUGCCUCAUCUAUGGCUACUUGUGGCCGCGGCACUGCUGUCCGCGAACUUUGGCUUGUCGGCCGUUCUUCUGGAGAAGAUCGACUAUGACCAGAACUCCCAGUUCAUCUGCGCCCAGGGCAUAUCAGACUGCAGGAUCAAGAAUGAGUUCCUAGGGUGGCCAAUGCGGGGUCCAGUGAACGUUAGUAAUAUGGAGCUUAAGCCACUGCUGUGCUGCAUAGAACAGAGGAAGUGCAGACCAUGUCUGGAGAUAAAACUCCGGCUCAUUGUAACAGGUAAGAUAUCAUACGAAGAGCUAGAACAGUCUGCUGAGGAUGAGGAUGAUGCUUACAAAAGCCUGGAGAAUGAAGAAGCCUCACUGAGCUUAUGCUACAACGCUCCACCUCUGCUUUCAUUCUGCAAGAGACUGGAGUUCAGUCUCCUCCCUGCUGUUUUGGAGGAGAAUGAUACGCCUGAGGUCUGGCUCUCCGUAGUAAUCUCUGAAAAGGUGUAUUUCGACAGUCAAGUAAUGGUGCAGGUCUAUCCCUCUACCUUACAGCGAAUCAUCAUGAUCCCUUCCAUACAAGAUGUCUGUUCUUCAGCCUUGCACCGAGAUGUGGAAGGAUGUGAUGUUCCCACAAUAAGGACUGAAAUUGAUUGGAAGAAGGCGGUGGUCACCCUGCAGCUGGAUGACGAUGGUGCGGAGCAUAUCCGGUCCGCAAAGCUGUACAUGUCGUAUGGAGACAAGGGUGAACGGUCAUAUAGGCAAUGGCAACAGAAUCACACAGAGAAGAUCACUAUUCCCCUGAUCUCAGUCGUCCCCUGCCUGUGUUUCAAGGUAUGGUGGACUGGAAGCAUACACCCACUGCGUGCGAAAAGCUGUCCCUUUGUGAACCAAACCGAGUUAAUUAAAAACGUCUUGAAUAAUGUAACCGUGUCUGUGGACCCAGUUCCAACAAACAACAAUGAAACUGCACUGUCCUGGACACUGAGCGCCCCCUGCAGGGUGGAUGCUGAACUGUGGCUCUGUCAGAUGCCUGAAGGAGGGAUAGGCCACUGUGGAGAAGUGCAGGGCUCACGACAGCGGCUGCAAGUCGAAAAGCGAACGACUGGGAAGUUUAGUAAUAUCAAACCCCAUCCUUACCUAUGUGUUCAGGUAAAAGUCCUAGGGAAGGAUGGAGUGCUGGACACCAUUUGCCCCUUUGCCAACUCCCGGAGACGCUGGACUCUGGCUUUGCUCCUCGCCAUUCUCAUGGUCUGCCUGGGGAUGUUUGGACUCUUUCUGCUUCAGGGCACUCUCAAACGUUGGGCUUGGAGGUGGUUCAAAGGCAGUGAUGUGAGAGGUGCCCUCGAUGGUGGGAAAGUGGUCUUACUCUGCCCCCCCGACCCAGAUCCAACCCUCCCAGCGCUGAUGUGCCGGCUGGGCUCGACCCUAUCAGCGCUGGGUUUCUGCGUGUCUCUGGACUUGUGGUGCAGCGCUGAACUAAGCGCACUUGGUCCCGUGCCCUGGCUGCACUCGCGGCUUGACUGGCUACAGCGCCACGGCAGUGGAAAAGUCGUCCUGGUAAUCACCGGCGCCGCCUGGAGGCAGGCGCAAGAGUGGGCACGCAGUGGGCAAGAGGCAGGCCGUCCUGACUCAACAGCACCCCCAUGUGGCCUUCCUGCACGUGCUGACGUCUUCAGUGCCUCCCUCAGCUGCAUCCUGGCCGACUGUCUGCAGGGCCGGGCAGGCAAGCGCUUUGUCUUAGCGCACUUUGAAUCCUUGCCCCCACUGCCCCUAGGUGCCAGUCAGUGCUUGCCCGAGCUGUUCCAGGGUAUCCCACUUUAUAGCCUGCCCUCUCAAAGCCUAGCCUUUCUCACUGAACUCAUGGGGGAUUGCAAAGAAAGAAGCAGGAGGCGUCGAGCAUGCCGGUUGAGGGCGGGGUCCCGUGCCCUGGCUCUGGGACUCGGUAGGCCAGGAGACCCCUGGGAGGAGAUUCCCUUAAAUCCCUGCCAAACGCCCCACUGGGUGUGAAAGACCGGAGGGAGGAACUUAAGGUGAUAUGGGUCUCCCAUGGGGGUAAGGGAGAUUCAGAGAACCUGGCACUGAAAAGCACUGAACAUUGACUUUGUUUUGCUCCUAGAAUCCUCUUAUAUGUAGAAUUUAUGGAGAUCUUUAAACAUACCCUGGACAAAAAUGAAGAAGAAAAACCCUUGAUGUGAAAAGACGUGAUUCACAUGGAUGUCCAUUCAUAUUCUUACACCUGCUUAUCCCUAGCCGGUCCUGUGGGGGGAAUGGGGCCUGGAGCCUGUCCCAAGUAGUAUAGGAUACAAGGCAGAGGUAUACCCUGGACAGGAUGCCUUCUUUACACAAUAUGGGCAAUUUAGAAAAGCCAUUUACCAUAAGUGUUUGUCUUUGGACUGCGGCAAGAAAUCUGAUUACUCGAAAGAUACCUAAACAAUACAGAGGAACAUGCAAAAAUUCCCCCACAAACAGAGUCCUCCUACCUGCUGAGGCUCUCAGGACAAUGUUGCUGAUAUUGCAGUGAAUAUGACAAGCUGGUCAGAAAAUUUUAAGCUUUUAAGAUCUGAAUUUCUUUGGGUGUAAUGGAUUUGCACUGUACGACUGCCUGCAGCUUGGGAUUCCAGCUCAUCUUUAACCCGUCCUGAAUUAUACAGCCAUUGUAAGGCUGCAAUUCUUACACUUCUUGAAAUGCGCUUUUUAGCAUUUGUACUGUCAAGUGUAUUUUGAAGGACUGAUACAAAGUAAUUUACUAAUUUGCUUAGUGAAUGUACAUUUCACACACUAUUAAUGAAUAGAUGGUUGAAGAUUCGAAUCUUGGUACAUUUGAAUCCAUUACUUUACUAUGUCUUUCUCCAGUGUCAAUUAAAACUGGUUGGGAUAAAAUUCUCACUGAAUGCAUAUCUGAUGGUAACUAAACUACUAUGUAUAACACUGCUUAUCUAUACAAUGAUAAAUUAAGCAAGUACAACUAUUGUCGGCAUUGUCUGCAAAGACGUAAAUAAAUAUAUAUACAUAUUUUUUUAAAUGUG